AUGUCCGCCCCGUCGAAAUCGCGCUGGGCCGCCGAAGACCCCGAGGAAGACGCCAUCCUCGCACAACGAAAACGCGAAAAGGAAGAGAAGAAACGCGCCAAGGCAGAGAAACAGCGCCAGCUGGAGGAGCAAGCACGGCUCCAGACCGCACAAGCCUCGCUGCAACAGCAAGCAGACGCGCUCAAUGGCGACUCGGAAGCUCCGCCCAAGAAGCGUCGCCGGCUGUCGAACGAGCAGCCCCAGGUCUCCGCAGCGUCGGGGUCUGCAGCCAAGGCGCCAGCCGAGCAGACCCGGUCGACACUCCUGCGGUUUCCGGGUCCGGAAUGGGGACCCUGUCGGCUUGUGGAUAACUUUGAGCGGCUGAAUCACAUCGAGGAGGGUUCGUAUGGGUGGGUGAGUAGGGCGAGGGAUAUCACGACCGGGGAGGUGGUGGCUCUGAAGAAGCUCAAGAUGGAGAAUUCGCCGGAUGGGUUCCCGGUAACGGGAUUACGGGAGAUCCAGACGCUGUUGGAAGCUCGCCAUACGAAUAUUGUAUAUCUCCGCGAGGUCGUCAUGGGGACUAAAAUGGAUGAUGUAUUUCUCGUCAUGGAUUUCCUCGAACAUGAUCUGAAAACCUUACUCGACGACAUGCGCGAACCGUUCCUCCCUUCGGAAACCAAGACCCUCAUGCUUCAAAUCCUUUCCGGCCUCGAGUUCCUCCACUCCCAUUGGAUCAUGCACCGUGAUCUGAAGACCUCAAACCUCCUGAUGAACAACCGAGGCGAGAUCAAAAUUGCCGACUUCGGCAUGGCACGGUACUACGGCGAUCCACCGCCGAAGCUGACCCAGCUGGUCGUAACGCUCUGGUACCGUUCCCCGGAGCUCCUGCUGGGCGCCGAAAAGUACGGCCCGGAAAUCGACAUGUGGAGUAUUGGGUGCAUCUUUGGCGAAUUGCUCACCAAAGAACCCUUGCUACAGGGUAAAAAUGAAGUCGAUCAAGUAUCAAAGCAAACGUGGCCUGGUUUCCGCUCCCUUCCUAAUGCCAAAUCGCUUCGCCUUCCACCUACAUCCUCAUCGGCGCCGACUGAAAACCCUCCCUUACUUCCCCGCUCAAAGUUCCCCUUUCUCACCAAUGCCGGUCUGCGGCUUCUGUCCUCUUUACUGGCAUUGAAUCCAAGUGCGCGCCCUACUGCUCAGGAGUGUCUCUCACAUAAAUAUUUCCGGGAGGACCCUCGACCAAAGCCAAAGGAGAUGUUUCCAACCUUCCCAUCCAAGGCAGGGAUGGAGAGGCGAAGGCGUCGUGAGACUCCAGAGGCGCCGAAGCGCGGUCAGGAAGCUCCCGCCUUGGACUUUGCCAGUGUAUUCGGUGGUCAAUCCAGUGGCGAUACCGGGGAAACAGGCGCCGGCUUUACCUUACGUCUGGGUUAG